AUGACAUCACUUCCGCCUGUCUCCACUCUACCGCAUGUGUCCGACUCGGAGUUAACGAAGGUGCUAGAUCUCCUGUUCGAACCAUCACCACCCCUCAAUGCACUGACCUUGCCUGUGCUACGAUCGACAACAUUCCCAAGCUACGACGUCUUGAUCACCGCUGCCAAUGCCCAGUUGAAAGUAUUGGCAGGCUCAGAUAGCCCAGAGGAUGUGGAGAAGUUAUCAGAGAUCCUGUGCUCGCACCCACGGCUUGGCGAGAAGAAGGUUGACAGCGAGCAGAGCAGGAAAGAGCAGGCACAAUUGCAACAGGGCGCUGAAGAGGAAAAGGAGAAGCUGGCGAGUUUGAACAAGGAGUAUGAGGAGAAGUUCCCUGGUUUGAGAUAUGUCGUUUUCGUGAACGGACGCCCACGACCCAUUAUUAUGGAGAACAUGCGCUCCCGCAUCGACCGAGGCGAUAUCAAGGCCGAGCGACAAGAAGCCAUUCAGGCCAUGUGCGACAUAGCACUCGACCGUGCCUCCAAGCUCCAGGCGUGA